UUAUCUUUGUGCUCGUUAAGCUAUCGUUUGGGGCCAGGUCGCUUCUGCAAAAAAAGUAAAAAGAGCGAUACAUCGAGAGCGCAGUGGGCCUUAACCUGGUGAAGUAAACAUAUUUCAGCUUAGUAAGCGAGCGGCUCUUCCACGUACACCGCCAGCCUUUUCCUUUGCUGGUCGGACCCCAGCAAUAAGCACCCUCCGAUUAGCACGGUUUGGCUACGUACGGUGCGAAAGAAGUUCAACACACACACACAGGUAUACACACGUCGCAACAAUGUGCACGGGCAAAUGCACUAUAUGCGUGGGCAUCUCUCUCAUCCCGCUGGCCGUAGUUGCCAUCCUGGGCAACGCGCUCAUGUUCUUCCCGUACGGAGCCAUCAACCACAUUUCCAAGGAGGACCCCACCGCUCGCAUCACCGUCUAUGCACUCUACCUGGGAGGCAUUGGAGGCGGUGGAAUUCUGAUGUUGAUGUCGGUUCUCUUCUCCGUCGUGGGCCUGGUGGGGUCUGGCUAUUGCCUCGCUGUGAGCACCGUGGGGCUCAUUCAAGGGCCCAAAUGCAUCGUGAAUUCCACGUCGGAGGAAUGGGUUUAUCCAUUCGAGCAGCCCCUCCACAGCGUCAACCAGGCCAACGUGCAGAACGGGCCUGUCAAUGGAGAUGAUUUUGAAGAGCGCCGUAGCUACACGCGGCGGCUUCCCGAAUAUCGGCACGAGCGCUGUCCAGACGGCCCGCUGCAACUACCCUCCCCCCCUCCACCCUUUCUCUCCGUCCCCCGCCCCCACAACCCAUCGAGCAGAAGCAGCUACCUCUUCAACAAGACGUCGUGGUCCGUCUGCGUGGAGCCCCUGGGCGCCGUGACAUGGCACGUGGCCUUCUUCUCGAUCGUCGCGACCACGGGAGCAGUCGAGGCGCUGCUGUGCGCUGUUCAGUUCAUCAACGGCUUCCUGGGCGUGCUGUGCGGAACGUGUCGCAAGGAGAAGGCGGCGAAGAAUCAGCUACCGCUCACGCGAAUGUAA